AUGGCACCGAGCACAGCCGGCUGCAGCGAACUUCUCGACCAGCGAGGAAGAACGACCACCACAAGAGGAUUCUUAUCAGAUCACACUUUAUUGGAGUGCCUCUUGGGCUGUAAAAAAAAAAAGCAGGCCUUUGCCAUGCCCACCUCGCUGAGGAAGGCUUUGCAGCCACUGCCAGCUGAAUCUUCCUCCCAGCUGCCUUUGGUCACAGCCCAAGCUUGGGAACUCUGCUUACAGCUACCUGCCCCAGCAGGCGCGGUUGAAGGCUCUCCAGAUCUCCGAACCCAGGCAUAUAGACCCCUGGCCACCCUGACACCUGGAAAUCUCGUAUUCGUUCCAGAAUUGACACCUGGGCACCUCCCAACACCAUCCCUGGCACCCGGAAAUCUCACACCCGUUCCAGGUUGGCGAUUCUGUGUACAUUCGGAGACAUCGGUCUCAGAAUCUUGGACUUCGCUGGAAGGGACCCUACACCUACUGCCCUCAAAGUGGACGGUAUUACAGCCUGCCUGCAUCUCACAAGCCUGCACCUCCACAGGACGACCCAGGACUAUCCAAAUAAAAGCUUCAGCAUACCCAAAAUCCUCUCAAGGAGGCCUGAUUCUGCCAGGCUUGCUGAUCUUUGCCUUGAUGUUUAUACCUCAGGACUUAACUUGGACCCUGACUAACUUUGAGACUGGGCCAGCCUUAAGGCUAGCCACUGCAGUUCAUCCCCUGGAUGCCUGGUUCCCCCAGCUAACUUUUGACCUGUGUGUUUUAGCAAAUUUCUCUUGGGAGGAUACUGAGCAAACCCCAGAAACUUUUAUCAUGUAUACAAAUAUUCUGAAUGAUAUAUUUGUCCGCUGGGGAAAAGCAAACUCUGCAAUGCCACCCUCUGUGUGCAAUGCUGAUUGUGGUCCUGGAUUCAGAAAAUUCUGGCAGCAGGGAAUGGCAGAUUGCUGUUUUGAGUGCAGCCCCUGCCAACAAAAUGAAGUUUCUAAUAAGACAAAUGUGGAUAAAUGUGUGAGGUGUCCAGAGGACCAGUAUGCCAACAGAGAACAGAACCAGUGCAUUCCAAAAGCUGUGGUCUUUCUGAACUACAAAGACCCCAUGGGGAUGGCUCUUGCCUUAAUGGCCUUAUUCCUCUCUGCAUUCACAGCUGUGGUUCUUGGGGUCUUUGUGAAGCAUCAUGACACUCCCAUUGUGAAGGCCAACAACUGAAAUCUCACCUACAUCUUGCUCAUCUCACUCAUCUUUUGUUUCCUCUGUACUUUGCUCUUCAUUGGGCAUCCCAACUCAGCUACCUGUAUCCUACAGCAAGUCACAUUUGGAGUUGUAUUCACUGUGGCAGUUUCUACUGUGUUGGCCAAAACAGUGACUGUGCUGCUGGCUUUUAAAGUCACAGCCCCUGGAAAAAGGAUAAGGUCCUUCCUGCUUCUAGGGGCGCCCAACUACAUCAUUGCCAUCUGUACUUUCAUCCAAAUUAUUCUCUGUGCAAUCUGGCUUAGAUUUUCUCCUCCCUUUAUUGAUAAUGAUGUACACUCUGAGCAUGGUCAAAUCAUCAUUGUGUGCAACAAGGGUUCAGAGACUGCAUUCUACUGUGUCUUGGGAUACCAUGGCUCCCUUGCCUUAGCAAGCUUCAUUGUGGCUUUCUUGGCCAGGAAUCUUCCUGAUACAUUCAAUGAAGCCAACUUGCUGACCUUCAGCAUGCUGUUGUUCUGCAGUGUCUGGGUCACAUUUAUCCCAGUCUACCACAGCACCAAGGGUAAGGUCAUGGUGGUUGUGGAGGUCUUAUCCAUUCUGAUUUCCAGUGCAGGCCUACUGGGAUGCAUCUUUGUCCCCAAGUGCUACAUAAUUUUGUUAAGGCCAGAGAGAAAUUCUCUUCAAAAAUUAAGGGAGAAAACAUCUUUCUGA